AUGAAUACUUUGAAGUCGCUUUUUGUUCUUCUUGGUUUCAUAUACCAUACAUAUUCGUAUUCUACUGUACCGUGCAAAAAAAUAUGCAUUCUAAACAACCGGAAGUGUGUGACUAGUGGAGGAUAUGACGUUUAUAAGACUGUUGUAAAUGGAGUUAAAGGCUUGAAUGCACCUUUAGACCCAUUACAUAUAGAAAAAAUUGAAGGAGUAUUGGAAAACGUAAAAUAUAAAUUAACUAACAUCACACUGAAGGGUUUGAAAGGCUGUACAGUCACGAAACUAAAAUUAAACGUGACUUCAACUAAAUAUGGUCAAUAUCUGCAUUGUCCUAAAUUGAUUUCACAUUUUCGCUUCGAAGCUCAGGGAAACACGAAAAAACCAGUGCUUCGUGGAAAAGGAACGGCUACAGUAGCUGCUUAUAAUUAUGAUAUACUUAACUAUGGGCUAUAUUCAGUAUUUGUAAAUGAUGAUCACAGGCCGCAUUUCUUUAUUGUUACUCAACACUCAAAAACUAACCUUAAAGGAAAACUGGAAUUUGCAAUCACCAACGCCCAUCUCAUUGACACCAAUAAAGUAAAUGAAACAGUUAAGUACAUGAACGACCGUUGGAGGGGAACCGAAAAAUUCCUACAUGCACCCAUUGUCCAGAAAGCCAUGACAAUAUUAGUAUAUUCAAUUGACAAAUACAGUCAUAAGCGUACAAUGGGAGAAUUACUGCCUGAAAAGAAGCACCAACAUUAUGAGAAGUUUUAG